AUGGCAAUGCAACAGCAGAGCGAAUCACAACAGCCCUCAGCUGUUUCUGAGGUUAGUGAAACAUUAGACGCUAGCUUAACUGAAGUAGUGCCUAGCGGCAGCAUUAACUUAACUAAAGCGCAAAUAGAGACUAAAAGGGAAUUAACUAAAGCGCAAAUAGAGACUAAAAGGGAAAUAAAUGAACAAUUAGCAGCCAAUCAAGUGAAAGUCCAAGAGCAAUUAGAAGCUAAUCAAGCGGAAUUAAAUAAUAAAUUAGUAGAGAGUUUUCAGAAACUUGAUGAUAAAUUAAAUAAAACUGUGGAAGAAUUGAAAAUUCAGAAUGAAAAGACAGAAUUAAAAUUAGCUGCUAAAAUUGAGCAAGUCACUCAGCAGUGUAAUGAAAAUGCGAAGAAGUUACGCCUAGAGCUAACUGAGUAUGUUGCUACUAAGCUUGAUACUAUUACAGAGCAGGUCGAGUCAAUCCCACAGAUAAUUCAAGCACAAGAACAGAUGCAAUGUUCUAUCGCAGUAAUUCUGGUAUUAGUUGAAGUUCAAGAUGAGUUAAAGCAACAAGUAAACGAGAUGUCAGCAGAUAUGCAGGAUUUGAGACAAUCACAAGACAAGAUCCCGAAGGACAUCCAAAAUUUGGAGAAAUCCAUCAAUAACAUAAAGGAGAGACAAGACGAGGUUGAUCAUAAGAUUCUCGCGGGAAAAUUCUCGCAGUUAAGUUUAGAAAGGAAAAGCAUUUCUCCAGACAAUAUUGAACAUACGCUUCUGGUACUGGACGUGACGGGGCGUCGGGACCCACGAAGAGAGGCAGCGUCUCCUGACGCUGCGUCGACGGCUGCUGAGUGGGCGCCGGACAAGGCGCUGCGGUGUCAGACUCCUUGGGGGUGCCCAAGGAAAGCGGCUGCAGGACAGGCUGCACAGCCACCGCUUGGGAAGGCGGCCCGGCUGAGGGGUCGACGUCCAUCAGCUCCGAAGGUGGUGGCGACUGAAGAGGUACCGCAGGCGUCGGAGCGACCACCUGGGGCGCUCCCGGAUGAAGCUGCGUGGGAGGCAUCAACGGGACGGGCUGUCGACGUGGUAGCAGCGACGGCUGCUGCUGCUGCCCUGGGGGCGGCAGCGAAGUCGGAAGGCGCGGCUGGAACCCGCCGCGGACCAAAUCUGUGGACAAAGAACUAG